UUUGGUGUCAGUCAGUUAUAGCAAUUUCUCAAUUCCCGCUUCUUUUCUUUCAUCUUCCCUCUUCUUUCUCCGAUCAAGAUUCUGCAAAAUGCGAAGCUCCUUCACCGCAUGGCUAGUGGUGGCGCUCGUCAUCCCAGUGCUUCUCUCUCUCAGGAACCCACGAGGUGAAACCGAUAGCACUGGAACCCGCAAAGCUUCUUCAACUCCACCUUCUUCGUAUACGGUGAAGCUAGCCUCCACCACCAGAACCUUCGAGUUCAAUGAGAGGAUCAGAGAUGGCUCCAAUCUUGAAUAUGACUUUUACAGAGACACUUGUCCUCAGGCGGAGGACAUUGUCCGCUCCGCCGUCACUCGCAUCUACUUCGACCACCGUGAUGUUUCCCCUGCUCUUCUCCGCCUCCUCUUCCAUGAUUGCUUCAUCGAGGGUUGUGAUGCUUCAUUGCUGUUGGAUGAAAAUGGUGAUAGAAACAGUUCAGUUGAGAAGCAGGCUAUUCCAAAUCAGACCUUGAGAGGCUUUGACCAAAUUGACUUGAUUAAGGAGGAGGUGGAGCAAGCAUGUCCUGGGACUGUGUCUUGUGCUGACAUACUAGCUCUCGCCGCAAGAGAUUCCGUCCUUUUGGCUGGAGGACCAUUCUAUCCAGUUUUAACGGGAAGACGUGAUAGCCGUCAAUCUUAUUUCGUGGAAGCAACUGAUCAGAUUCCAAGACCUGACGAUAACGUUACGCGCACACUGCAUCUCUUUAAUCUCAGAGGAUUUAAUGAAAGAGAAACAGUCAGCCUUCUUGGAGGACAUAACAUUGGGAAAAUAGGCUGUGAUUUCAUUCAGCAAAGGCUCUACAACUUCCAGGGCACAAGGAACCCAGACCCCAGCAUACCUCUUGAUUUCCUUCAUCAGAUGAGGCUAAACUGCCCAGACAACAACCACAAUAUCAGCAGCAGUGAUGAGUUUUCCACGCUCGAGAUUUCAAAGCCAAUGCCUGUUCACUCUGACCAAAGCAUGUCUUACAAGCAAGCAUUGUCGUCUGCAGUAUCAUCAGGGGCAGCAUUCGACACUCACUACUACCAGAGCUUGUUAAGAGGAAGAGGGCUACUAUUCGCUGAUCAGCAACUGAUGGCCGAGGAGAGGACUGCCAGAUUGGUUUCUGCUUAUGCUUCAGAUGAUGGAUCAACCUUUCGCAUGGAUUUUGCCAGGGUCAUGUUGAAAAUGUCUAAUCUAGAUGUUUUGACUGGAGCUCAAGGUCAGAUUCGUCUGAAAUGCUCGCAACUGAUAAGUUCUUAACUGAGAUUUGUUCCCUUUGGAAGUGUAGAUAUGUCAUUCUCUUAGUGUCUGGUUUUCCUUGUCAAUAUGUCUGAAUUCAGUAUUGUACAGUUUGGUAUAGCAAAUUUUUGUCCUGUAUGUAAUGUGGCAGGGUUACUAACAGAAAAGAUCUCAUGUACAUUUGAGGAUAGUUUGACCGUGAAAAGCGGCAGUGAGUUACAAAAUUUAUAG